AUGGGAGAGGUUGAUCCAGCUUUCAUUCAAGACCCUGAGCACAGGCCAAAGCUCUCCAUCAUUGAAGCUGAAGGCAUACCAUUGAUUGAUCUUUCUCCUAUAAAUAGUAUCCCUACCCCAGAUUCCAUUUCUGAGCUUAAAGCCAUUGAAGGGCUUGUUAGAGAAAUAGGCAGUGCUUGCAAGGACUGGGGUUUCUUCCAAGUGAUCAACCAUGGAGUCGCGUUGGAUAAGCGCGAAAAGAUUGAGACAGCUGCUAGGAAGUUCUUUGCUCAGCCCUUGGAGGAGAAGAGGAAGAUUAGGAGGGAUGAAAAAAUUGUGGUGGGCUACUAUGACACUGAGCACACCAAGAAUGUUAGAGACUGGAAGGAGGUGUUUGAUUUCGUAGUGGAGGAGCCUACAUUAGUCCCAGCUUCCCCUGAUCCUGAGGACAAAGAAGAGACAGAGUGGAUAAACCAAUGGCCUGAGAAUCCUCCUGAACUAAGACCGGCAUGUGAAGAGUAUGCUCGAGAAGUAGAAAAGCUAGCUCUGAAGUUGAUGGGACUUAUAGCCUUGAGUCUAGGCUUGCCAGAAGACAGGUUCAACAGCUACUUCAAAGACCAAACAAGUUUUAUCAGACUCAACCACUAUCCACCUUGCCCUUCCCCUCGGUUAGCUCUUGGUGUUGGGCGCCACAAGGAUGGCGGUGCAUUAACCGUGCUAGCUCAAGAUGAUGUUGGAGGAUUGGAAGUGAAGAGAAAAACAGACGGGGAGUGGAUUCGGGUGAAACCUACCCCAAAUGCCUACAUCAUCAAUGUUGGUGAUGUUAUUCAGGUUUGGAGCAAUGAGAGAUAUGAGAGUGUGGAACAUCGGGUGAUGGUGAACUCAGAGAAGGAAAGGUUUUCCAUUCCCUUCUUCCUUAGCCCAGCACACUACACACAAGUCAAGCCCUUGGAGGAGCUGACCAAUGAACGAAACCCUGCCAAGUAUAAGCCCUACAGCUGGGGCAAGUUUAUCACACACAGAAAGCUCAGUAAUUUCAAGAAACUCAGUACUGAAAACAUCCAGAUUUAUCAUUUCAAGGUAUCGGAAUAA